ACAAGCAGAUUCAAUCAAAUUUUCCCAGUGAAUUUCCUCUGAAAAUGUCCGUGCAUUUUGCAAAAAUAGUGCAGCAAGCGAGACUCACCUUCGACCAGCGCAAUGUCAUCCAGUUCGCGUCAAAUUUCUCCUGCCUGCAAAGGCUGAUGGAUGAAUUGAAACUGGAGGACAUUCAAGUGAGUCCGGAAGUUGUGUCAAAGCGCUCCUUCAACGUCCCCGAGAAGGCCCCGUGCACCUUCAUUCACAUCUACGAGUGUCCUGUGUUCUCCAUGAGUGUCUUCAUCCUGGCAGAGAAUUACACAAUGCCACUGCACGAUCAUCCGCUAAUGCAUGGCAUUCUGAAGUGCAUCUCCGGCUGUGUUCGCGUUCAGAGCUUCAGCAGUAUAAAGGACGAGCCGCCAAGCGGCAGUGUUGCUGUGCAGAUGAGCCAACCGAAGCAGCUGGACGCCAGCUCACCUGCAGCUAUCCUGACGCCGAAAGAAAACAACUUCCAUGAGAUCACGGCUAUUCCUGGCGGUGGACCUGGAGCGUUCUUUGACAUCCUCAGUCCGCCAUAUGACUCUCCGUUGCCUGCCUUUGGGAAGCGAAAGUGCUCUUUCUACAGGAAAACCCAAGGAUUAGCCGGGGAUUUGAUACUGGAGAGAAUUCCCACUCCGCUGCAUUACUAUUGUGACAACGUUCUAUACGAUCCUCCCCAGUUUUUAAAAGAUAACCAGGCAUAGUUUAUUAUUGUUGCGCCUGUUGUAU